UGAGUUUGUAAAACGUUCACGCGAGAACCACUUAAAGAAUUACACUCGGGUUUGUCGCAGCUAGUAUUUUAAAACACUAGCCAGUUAGGAGCGAGUUUAUUUUAUAUUCGUUUGAUUCCACCGUUUCCUAAUUUCUCUACUAAUUAAAUUGGAAUAUUUUCCAUCCGAAGAUACCUUCAAAGAUAAACCAACAGCUUUAAAACAUCUCCACUGUUAAUUAAAAUUAAACAGUAAUUGCAGUCGGAAUAAAGACCGAAUAUUUUCAGCAGCUAAUAAUAAUUUUAUACGCUCGAUACAGGCACAGAUACAGGGCUACUCUAGAUUUUAAUGAUUUCUUUUCAAAUUUCACUUGGCUUUAGCAAUUGGCUCCUUUGAAGUUAGGAAUGGAAAAUGGGAAAAUCCGUUACAGACCCACAGAGAAAGUUUCCAUAAAAUCGACAUUUCCUGUGAUAUUUCCUAACAGCUGUUGCUAAGCAACACAUUAUAAAUAUUGGAUAAGCUGUGGGAUAAGCAUUUUGCAAGUAGCGACUUAAACAUAAGUUUUUCGUUUUAUUGGGAUUGUAUUUAAAACAUUCAGAAUGGCUGAUGAAUUAGAAAAAGCUCAUUUAUUUUAUGAUGAUAUCAAUAAAAUCAGAAUCCUAGAUAACACGGUUCGAAAGGAUACUGAAGAUCUAAAAACAAACUGUAAGGUAUAUGAAACCAAAGUUCAAGAAUUCAGUAAAAUCAUUAAUUCUCUCUUUGAAACAAUGAAAGUUUUAGGAGAAAAUGUAGAGAAACAAAAAAUUGCGGCUAUUGGUUCAAUAAAUCUACUCAAAUCUGUUACAAAGGAAAGGGAAAGCGAUCAAGCUAAAUUACAGGCAGAUAUAAAUUAUAAAACAACAGUGUUGGAGCAGUUGGACAAUGAAUUUGAUUCCCUACAAAUACUCGAAGCUACGCAAACCGAGACAAUUGAAUAUCUUACGCAAUUGAGAUAAUGUAUAAAAUACGAAUAUUCAAGAAACAUUAAAUACAUAGUGAAAUGUUACUUAUUUCUAAUACACGCUAAUACACAAAA